AAUUGAAUGGCUGGGAGCGGACCAGCAACAGUGAACAAUCAAUUGAGAGACUCCAUACAUACCCGAAUACAGAGAGCUUCACAAUUCACCCAGUUCUGAUCAACCACAACCCUAUCAUAAAUCUCCACAACUCUCUUUGCUCUCCAAUCUUCAAGUUAAUUUUCACUUCCCUGAAAACAUUUUCUCGAGAAAAUGCAAGCUCUGAGCAUCUGGCCCUCGAAAAAUGAGUUUUGGGUAGUACCCAAAUUAGAUAUGGAAGUAUCCCAAGUGGGUUCAUAUUGUAUUGCAAGCACAAAGAGAAGGUGUGGUCUCGUAUUGGUUUCAAGUAGUUCAAGGGGCAUUAAGAGUAGGGCUUGUUUUGGUUCUGCUCAAUUUGAUAUAGAAUUUAGGCUUUUCUCUGAAUACUCGAAAUUUAAAGUGUGUGUCUAUUGUGAGCCAAAAAAGAAAGGUUCUUUUGGGGCGUCUGUGGCAUUGUCAUGGACACUUGAAGGCCAAGAAAUUGCAGAUGAAUUUGUUAAAGAAGAUUCAGGUUUAUUGUCAGGGAAUAAUGUUAAGUGUGACAAUGUAGAUGAAAUAAAAAAAAAUGUGUUGGUUCUUGAUGAAAAUAACAAUCCAGAAGAAAAUGAAGAAGGGAAGGAUGUUGAAAAUGAGAAAGUAGGGAAAAAGAAGAGUGCUAGGGUUGAUGUACGCUCGCUUGCGUGGAGCUUAAGGUUUGCAAAAACUACUGAAGAUGUCGAAGAGGUUCUUAAGGACAAGGGUGAUUUGCCCAUUCAAGUGUACUCAACCAUGAUUCGAGGUUUAGGCAAAGACAAGAGACUACAUUCUGCUAUGGCUCUUGUUCAAUGGCUUAAGAAGAGGAAAAAAGAUGACAAUCGUUUCGUUGGUCCUAACCUUUUUGUAUAUAAUAGUCUUUUGGGUGCGGUGAAGCAGUCUGAACAAUUUGAGGAAGCGGAGAAAGUCAUGCACGAUAUGGCCACGGAAGGAGUGAUUCCUAAUGUUGUAACCUACAACACUUUAAUGUCAAUUUACAUAGAACAAGGGCAAGCAAUUAAGGCUCUUAAUCUUUUUCAAGAGAUAGAGAGGAAGGGUUUGUCUCCAUCUCCAGCAUCCUAUUCUACAGCUUUGCUGGCUUAUCGAAGACUGGAAGAUGGUUUUGGAGCUCUAAAGUUCUUUGUAGAAUUAAAAGAGAAGUAUCAAAAUGGCCGCAUAGGAAAACAUGGAGGUGAAGAUUGGGAAAAUGAGUUUGCUAAGCUUGAGAAUUUCACAGUUCGGAUUUGCCACCAAGUGAUUCGACAGUGGCUUGUGAAGAGUGGCAACUUAAGCAUUGAAGUUUUGAAACUUCUAACAGAUAUGGAUAGGGCCGGGCUUCAAACUGGGAAGGCAGAAUAUGAGCGCCUAGUGUGGGCGUGUACCCGUGAAGAACACUACAUUGUGGUGAAGGAAUUGUAUAGUAGGAUUAGAGAGAGCAAUUCUGAAAUAAGCUUAUCGGUUUGCAACCAUGUAAUUUGGUUGAUGGGGAAGGCUAAAAAGUGGUGGGCUGCUCUGGAGAUUUACGAGGAUUUGUUGGACAAAGGGCCAAAACCAAAUAACAUGUCAUAUGAAUUGGUAGUUUCUCAUUUUAACAUUCUACUGACGGCUGCUAGGAGAAGAGGAAUUUGGAAAUGGGGCAUUAGGUUACUCGACAAGAUGGAAGAAAAAGGCCUAAAACCGGGAAGUAGAGAAUGGAAUGCAGUUCUUGUGGCUUGUUCCAAGGCUUCAGAAACUUCUGCUGCGGUGCAGAUUUUUAGAAGAAUGGUGGAACGAGGUGAAAAACCCACGAUUAUCUCUUAUGGGGCUUUGCUCAGUGCUCUUGAAAAAGGAAAACUCUACGAUGAGGCCCUUCGUGUGUGGGAAAAUAUGAUUAAAGUUGGGGUUGAGCCAAACGUGUAUGCAUACACAAUUAUGGCUUCAAUUUACACUGCACAAGGAAAAUUUAACAUUGUAGAUUCAAUCAUCCGAGAUAUGAUUUCAUCUGGAAUUGAACCAACUGUUGUCACAUUCAAUGCAAUUAUCAGUGGAUGUGCAGAGACUAACAUGGGUAGUGCAGCAUACGAAUGGUUUCACAAAAUGAAAGCUCAAAACAUCUCAGCCAACGAAAUUACUUACGAAAUGCUGAUUGAGGCUCUCACAAAGGAUGGUAAACCAAAACUUGCCUAUGAUAUGUACUUGAGGGCUCACAAUGAAGGCCUAAAGCUCUCUUCAAGGGCUUAUGAUGCAGUCAUCCAAUCAUCAGAGAUUUAUGGUGCUACUAUUGAUGUAGGCAUUCUAGGUCCAAGACCACCGGAGAAAAAGAAAGUGAAAAUUAGAAAGAAAUUAUCAGAGUUCUGUAAUUUAGCUGAUGUUCCUCAGACAAGUAAACCAUUUGACAGAACGGAAAUUUACACUCCACAGACAGAAGCAAACCUGUAAGUAACUUGUAUUUUGUAAUCUGUGUCAUAUAUUUUGCAACUUGGGAGCUCUCAACCAACCUUUUAUAUAAGCAUCUUCUAAUGUAGAUUGUUGGCUGCUUGGAAGACACAUGUUCUUGCGUGUUUUUGCGAAAUUCUAUAUAAUGCAGAUAUUGGCUCAAUCUUAUUUUUU